AUGGGUGUGUUGGAUGAGUAUGAGACGUCGGUGAAGUUGUCGAAGAUCUCAUUCGCUUCGAACUACUUCUACGAUGUCGGCAUGGGUUUCCCCAAACUCAGCAUGUUGGCGUUCUACUGGGCGUUCUUCAACCUUGCUGGUCACCCGGGACUGCGCAAGAUGCUCUUCGGUAUCACGGCUUUUGUCGUCGCGAGCUACCUGACUAUCCUCUUCGAUGAUACUUUCUUCUGCGGCACACCGGUGUCUGUGCAGUGGUCUCAGGAAGAGGGCGCUUGCUCCGUUUUCUACGCGCCAGAGCCGUUCAUCUUGAACUUUACUCUCAACUUGGCUUGCUACCUCGCGGUCUACGCCGUUCCUGUUGUGCUCCUGAUGAAGGGUGUGUUGAGGUCGUCGGCUGGUGUGGGUCUUACGUUCGCGCUCGGUGCGCUCACCAUUGCGUCGAGCAUUGUGCGCUUCGCCUGCCUCAAGAUUGGAACAGGACAGGAAAACCUGGUUUAUCCUCUAAGUAUGGUGGAGAUGACUCUUUCGAUCAUUGUUGUUGCGCUGCCGGGACUCAAGCCACUCGCGAGAAACAAUAAAGUCUAG